AUGUGUGACAUGGGGGGACUGGAUAACCUGGUGGCCAACACGGCCUACCUAAAAGCCCAGGGUGGUGAUGACAAGGAGAUGAAAAAGCGCCGUCGGAGCUUGGCUCUCCCCAAGCCGGAGCAAUGUGCUCCACUACGAUCUGCCAUUGACAAGGACUUUACAUCGGUUUGUGAAAGGCAGCCUAUUGGUAAAAAAAUUUUCCGUGAAUUCCUGGCAAAUAAACCUGAGUAUAAGCUUGCUGUCGAUUUCCUGGAUGAGCUGUAUGACUGGGAUCUGGCUGAAGGUGCAACAAAAGACAAGGCGCGCCAAAACAUCCUCAACAAGUAUUGCAAGGCCGACUCCAAGAGCUUCCUGUCCUUUCUUACUGACGAGCCUGCUGACAAAUGCAAGAAUGUGACAGAUGCCACCUUUGAGGAGGUGAUGAAAGGCAAAGUCCAGGAUGGUGUACGAACGUAUCUGCAGGGCAAACCCUUCACAGAUUACCAGUCCAGCCCAUUUUUUGAUAAAUUCCUCCAGUGGAAAGAGUAUGAGAGACAGCCCAUCAAUGACAAAUACUUCUAUGAGUUCAGAACUCUUGGCAAGGGAGGCUUUGGAGAGGUGUGUGCUGUUCAGGUGAAGAACACAGGCCAGAUGUAUGCCUGUAAGAAGUUGGAUAAAAAGCGACUGAAGAAGAAGAAGGGUGAGAAGAUGGCCCUGUUGGAGAAGCAGAUCUUGGAGAAGGUUAACAGCCUGUUUCUGGUCAACUUGGCCUAUGCUUAUGACAACAAGACCCAUCUGUGCCUUGUCAUGACCCUGAUGAAUGGAGGAGACCUCAGAUACCACAUUUACCAUAUUGGCUAUGAUGGCAAGGGUGUGGACAAGGGCAUUGAGAUAAAGCGCAUCAUCCACUACACAGCGCAGAUCACCACCGGCCUUCUGCAUCUGCACGAAAUGAAUAUCGUAUACCGUGACAUGAAGCCGGAGAAUGUGUUGCUGGAUAGCCAAGGCCAGUGCAGACUUUCUGAUUUAGGUCUGGCCAUAGAGAUGGAACCAACAAAGACCACCACUCAGAUGGCUGGUACUGGAGCGUACAUGGCCCCUGAGCUCCUGUCCAAAACUCCUUACAGGACAUCAGUGGACUGGUGGGCCCUGGGCUGCAGUAUCUACGAGAUGGUGGCGGGCUACACACCUUUCAAAGGCCCGGAAAGCAAGAAGGAGAAGGUGGAGAAGGAGGAGGUACAGCGCCGCAUUCUCAACGAGGAACCAAAGUGGGAGCACAAGUGCUUUGAUGCUGCCACCAAGGACGUCAUCCAGCAGUUCCUCAAGAAGAAAAUGGAGGAGCGCCUGGGCUUUAAGAACAACCUGGAGGAUCCCAGGAAGCACGAGUGGUUCAAGAAUAUCAACUUCCCCCGUCUAGAAGCCGGGCUGGUGGAUCCCCCAUGGGUGCCCAAGCCCAACGUCGUCUACGCCAAGGACACCGACGAAAUCGCCGAGUUCUCCGAUAUCAAGGGCAUCGUGCUUGACGCCAAUGACGAUAAAUUCUUCAAUGAGUUUAGCACAGGCGCCGUACCCAUUCAGUGGCAGCACGAGAUGAUUGACACUGGACUGUUUGACGAGCUCAACGAUCCCAACAGGAAAGAGGGCGGAGGAGGAGGUGGUGGUGACGGAAAGUCCGGCACGUGUAUAUUGCUGUGAGUUUGAUAUCACGUACCAGUAAUAGCACUCAAUCACGUGUUUGUUUUCUCAGUCAGAUGCACACCAACAUUGAUUUAAAAGAUGUUACCAUCCCUCUCUUUUAAGGAUGAUCAAUGUUUAGAAAUGCAUCGCUUUCGGGGUAAG